GUUCAAGUGCAGGAAGCCUUAGCUGGACCUCCUCCUACUCCCAAAUUAUCUGAGACCCAACAACCUGGUCUACGGCAACAGCAAGACGCUCCUGCAUCCUCCAAAGCUAAACAACAGCAUGACACUCAUGCAUCCUCCGAAGCUGAUGCCAAUCCAAUCACAAUCUCUGCUGCUGCUUUUCCACCUCAACCCCUGGAUGAGAGUAGGGCUCGUAAAAAGCGUUGUGUAGUGGUAGAAUCAUCGGACGCAUCUCAAAGAGCGCUGUCAUUGGGGUUCAACAACCAGAUGGUCCAGCCGCCACAACAGCCUCUGCAGUUUACAGGAGGAACGGGUGGUUCAUUUAGACUUGCUAAGUUUCCUUGCCCAGAUUCACCUUUUCGGUUCCCUGCUCCCACAUUUCCAUGGUCCCAUCAGACCCUGUUCGGGUAUCCUGGACAUACAAGUUGCUGGGCAUUCUCGACUGUUGGAGCUGUAGAAGGGAUCAACCAGAUUGUCACUGGCGAGCUGAUCACCCUGUCAGAACAGGAGCUUGUUGAUUGCGAUACUUCCUAUAACCAGGGCUGCAAUGGUGGUCUCAUGGACUACGGCUUCCAGUUCAUCAUCAACAACGGCGGGAUCGACACCGAAGAAGAUUACCCUUACAAGGCUGUCGACAGCGUCUGUGAUUCCAACAGGGUAAUGAUGGCGGUCGACUGA